AUGACAGGGCGCUGUCUGCUCCAUAUUCCUGUUCCAGCAGAGCGCUGUCUGCCCCCUGUUCCGGCAGAGCGCCGUCUGACUCCUGUGUCUGCGCGGGAGGUUCUGCCCACUCCCCUGUCUCUGUGGGAGGCCCUGCCCACUCCUAUGACUCCUGUGUCUCUGUGGGAGGUUCUGCCCACUCCUGUUUCCUGGUUGGAGGUUCUGCCCACUCUCGUGUCUCCUUGGGAGGCCCCGCCCACUCCCGUUUCUCUGUGGGAAGCGAAGCCAACUCCUGUUUCCUCGUUGGAGGUCCUGCCCACUUCUGUGUCUUCGUCAGAGGCCCUGCUGACUCCUGCGCCCUCGUCAGAGGCCCUGCCGAUUCCCUCGUCGGAGGUCCUGCCGACUCCUGCGCCCUCAUCGGCGGUUCUGCUGACUCCGCCCACUACCGUGUCUUCAUGGGAGGCUCGGCCUCUCACUGGUCCCCUGUCGUCUGGUCGGCCUCCAGGCCGCCCUCCUGAUCUGUCGUUUGUUGAAUGUUAGUUGUCAGUCUGCUAGUGUCUCCUUGUUUUUUCGUUUUGGAUUUUGAUAGCAAGUUUUUGUUUGCCUUUUUUGAUUAUUAAAUACUUUUAGUUUAUUCUGCACUUGGGUCCACCUCUCCUUGUUUUCCAACCAUUCAUGACAACAUGUUUUGUCACCAUGACAACAAAAAUACAACGGGGCCAUUUUUUUUGUUUUAAAAAACAAAAAUUACAGGCAAAUUUCAUUACUGAAACGUUGCGAACGUAUCUGUGAAAUAUAGAAAGUGCUGUCUCUCUCUUUCACGUGCCAGCUUUUGAUUAAAAAAUGUGACUGAAGAUCUGAAGAGUUUUUUAAAGCAUAUACCUACUGAUCAAUAAGAUAACAGAGAGCGUAUCGAUUUCUAAAAUGUAGUAUCGAACAGUUUCACAGUAAACAGACCUUAGAUCCACAUCGGUUAAUAUCUGCAAAUGACUGGUUGUAGUUCCAUUCAGUUUUUCACAAAAAGUAAUGCUCGGGUUGAAGUUACUAAGUCAUUAUAAACACAAUAAAACAUUUAAUGAUCGAUAGUAUCAAAAAGUACAGAAGUUUAAAAAAAACUACAGAUCUUCAGUCAUAUUUUUUACCAAAAGCUGCCGUGAGGGAGAGAGAGAGAGAGAGCUGCUGUGGGUCAAUCAAAUUCACAGGUUGGUCAAUACCGACGUUUCUAGAGUACUUUACAGUUACUACAGUUACGUGAUGUCUCUUACAAACAGACUGAGAGCAGAGGAGGUGACGGCAGAGGUCACUCUGUCAUAUUUGCACAAAUAC